AUGACACAAAAUCGAUUUCCCAAUGAUCUUGAUCAUUGGCGGAGUGAACUUUUGACUAGUCAAGUACGCACACAGCCCAACGUGUUACCUCCUCUACAACAACAACAGCAACAAAUAGUAGCAUCGAAACAAAGAAAGAAGAAAAGUCCCGGUAGUCGAGCAGAUCAAUAUUUUCGACGAAGAUUAAAUCGACGAAAGUUGGAUGAUGAGACCAAGGCGUUGUUACUACAAACAAGACUUGAAGGAAAACAACAACAACAACAGAUUGUUCAUGAAAAAACAAUGGAAAUAAACCCAAUUGAUGAUCAAACCAUCAACAUGCCAGACGACGAACCAAUAAUGGAAUUUCAUGAUGAUUUUGAUGCAGAUGACGAGACAAAUAUUCAAUUCGAUAAGAGACAUAGGCAAUUCGUGAAAGAAUAUGAUGAUGAUUUAUUUGAUAUUGAGCAAUGUCCAAAGGUAGAUCAGAUUUUACUUGGUUUAACAGUUGGUGAACAAGGAAAACAACAAUAUUUAUCUGGAAAGUUAAGCCAUCUAUCGGCUACACAUCAAGAAUCCGAAAGUACUACUCGAGCAGCUGAUGUACUAUCGCGAAUAAAAACAGAUAACGUCGUCAUCUCCAGUCAAUUUUUACCAAAAUAUUUAUCACAUGAAAGUAAAGAAUUCGAUCGGAUGAUCCUCGGUCUCCGUCAACAAACUGGCACUAUUAUUUAUACGGAAGAAUUACGAGCUAUUGCAUUUCUCAUUGAUCAACUUCAACGUAUUGAAUUAGAAAAACGUCUUUAUACGACAUAUUUACGUUCUGGUCAGGGUACAUUAGUAGAAAAUCAACAACCAUCACUACCAAUGUGGCCUAGUGAACUAAAAUUAAAAAUGAUUGCAGAAAAUCAAACGAAAGCCACACAUCCGAACGAAAUCUAUCAGGAUGAGUGUGUAAAAUACGUAGAGAAAAUUCUAGACAAAUAUAGAAGUAAGAUGUCCGACUACCAAAAUCAAUUAGAAGAGAAAAAGCGACAUUUACGCAAUCGCUGGACAAGUAGAAUUGAAGAAACUAUUACGAAAUUUGUUCAAGACUAUAAGAUUAUUCUAUAUCAAAUACCUAUUGAAAAAGAAAUCAUCCGUAUUGAAUAUGAUUUUUUUGAUCGAUUAUCCGAACUUGAAUUCUAUAGUGAAAAUUCAAAUGUGUAUCAAAAACACCUAUUCCAAUAUCUUACACAAACGAAAUUUGAUAUGGAGAAAUCAAAACUAGAACUUGCUCUAUUAAAACAGCGUAUCACUCAUAAUCAUCUACCAACAUCAUUUGAUACACUCGAAAUAUCGAUACCUAGACGAAUACAUACCAUAAUCGAUACGGAAACAGCUCAAUCUCUAAAAGAUCGAUACGAUAAAAUUUUACAACGAACAAAAGCUGAUAUGAUACAGGUUUAUCUUGAAGCUGCUGAAGUUCGAGCAAAUCAAUGUCGAUUAGAGUUUAAUAAUGCAAUGAAUAAAUUAAAAGAAAAUGAAUCUACACAUCUAUCCGAUAAAAUAUUAACUAAAGUUAUGUUCGAUAUUAUGAUAAAACGUUUCAACAAUAUUAGUGAACACCUUGUAUCUGUCUACAAAUUAAAACUUCGUGCUUUCACCAAACUUCGAACAGACAACAAAUCCAAUUGA